AUGUGGACGAUUCGCUACGGAGACUACCUCAGACUUUGUCCUUACAACGCGAGAAUAGUGUCCACAGACGCAAACCUACAUGCUAUUCCCGCAGCCGCAAAGCGUUCCAAAUUCCACGUGAUUGCUCUGCAAGAGACCCAGAGCAUAAGGAGUGACGUACGAAAGAUGAAUGAUGAUAAACCCGUCAUUCGCAGGGAAAAGGUUUCGUCGCAAAACGUAGGUGGUGUCGGUUUUGUUGGGCACCCAAGUGUCGUUCAUCUUGCCAAUUCUCACAAGAUUCUCUGA